CGGGGAGCGGGCUCUUAAAAUGAGGGCAGGAAGAGACGCGCCGGCAGUUCCACUGGGAAGCAGGAAGGAGGAAUCCCGUUGAACAGACACAGACAUGCCUGAGCCGAAGAAGACAGAAGCCCAGAGCGAAAAGGCUGCAGCAGCCCCUGCUGACAAAAAGGAGAAGCCAGCGGAGGAGGACGAGUUGCCUCUUGAUGAUGCUGCACCAGGAGAAGGUGGUGAGGUGUCUGAGCAGAGCAGUCUGUUUGUGCUGAAGCCGGAGAGCGCCACCGCCACCAAAGGGAAGGACAUCACGUUUGUGGCCAAAGUCGACUCGUCGACGCUGAGCAGGAAGCCCGUCAUGAAGUGGCUGAAGGGGAAGUGGCUCGACCUGUCCAGCAAAGCCGGGAAGCACCUGCAGUUCAAGGAGUCGUACGACAGAAACACCAAGAUCUACACGUACGAGAUGAGCAUCAUCAAGGUGGUGGACGGAGACGCAGGUGGCUACCGCUGCGAGGUCACCGCCAAAGACAAGUGCGACAGCUGCGCCUUCGAAGUCUCCGUGGCGGCCGCGCAGGAGGACCAGCAGGACAACAUCUUGGAGGCGUUCAAACGAUCAGGAGAGGGAGACGAGGAUGCUGGUGAGCUGGACUUUAGCGUUUUGCUUAAGAAACGGAAGGAGAAGAAAGCGGAGGGGCCAAAGGAUGAGGUUGACGUGUGGGAAAUCCUCAAGGCAGCCAAGCCUUGUGAUUACGAGAAGAUUGCCUUUCAGUACGGCAUCACGGACCUGAGGGGCAUGCUGACGCGGCUGAAGAAGAUGAAGGCCGAGUCCAAGAAGAGUGAUGCUUUCCUGACGAAGCUGGACCCGGCCUACUCUGUGGAGAAGGGGAAGAAGAUCCAGCUCACUGUGGAAGUGGCUGACCCCACGGCCGAAGUGAAAUGGCUGAAAAACGGGCAGGAAAUCAAACCGUCAGCCAAAUUCGCAAUUAUACGACUGCACAUCUUUGAAAAGCAAAAGGGGAGCCUCCUGCACAACCAAGAAGAGUGCACCAAGUUGUUUCUGGAUGAGCCUCCGGUCACCAUCACCAAGCAGCUGGAUGAUGUUCACACUGUGGUGGGGGAGAAGGUGGAGUUCGAAGUGGAAGUGUCAGAGGAAGGAGCCAACGUUAAAUGGAUGAAAGACGGAGUCGAGCUGAACAGAGACACGGCCGGAUCCAAGUACCGGUUCAAGAAGGACGGGAAGAGGCAUGUUCUGGUCAUCACUGAAGCCACGAAAGACGACAUCGGGACGUACUACGCCUUGACCAACGGCGGAGAGUCCAGCGCCGAGCUGGAGGUCGAAGAUAAGGAGCUGGAGAUUCUGCAGAGCAUCGCUGACGUGACGGUGAAAUCGGCUGAGCAGGCCGUGUUCAAGUGCGAAGUGUCCGAUGAAAACGUGACGGGAAAAUGGUUCAAAGACGGCGUUGAAGUUCAGCCCAGCGACCGCAUCAAAGUCUCCCACAUCGGCAGGAUCCACAAGCUGACGAUCGAUGAAGUAGAGGCUUCGGAUGCAGGAGAUUAUACCUUCGUCCCAGACGGCUACGCUCUUUCUUUGUCUGCCAAACUCAACUUCAUAGAGGUCAAGAUUGAAAUUGUUCCCAUAGAAGAACCUCCCAAAAUCCACCUGAACUUCGGCGGCAGCGGCGACGGGAACGUCGUCACGGUGGUGGCUGGAAACAAACUCCGCCUAGAUGUUGAGGUCACAGGAGAGCCGACCCCCGUCGUCUCCUGGAUGAAAGGAGACCAGGUGAUCUCUGAGAGCGAGGGACGGGUCCGCGUGGAGACGGAGAAGACCGUGAGCAGCUUUGUGAUCGACGGGGCGGAGAGAGGAGACGAGGGUCCCUACACCAUCAAUGUGACCAACCCAGUGGGAGAGGACAAGGCCGAACUCUUCAUCAAGGUUGUGGAUAUGCCCAACGCUCCCAGCAACAUCAGGUGCACAUCAGUUGGCGAGGACUCUGCCAUCAUCACAUGGGAGCCUCCCUCGUUUGAUGGCGGCGUUCCUGUUAAAGGUUACCUGCUGGAGAGAAGGAAGGUCGGUUCAACCAGAUGGACCAAACUAAACUUCGACGUUUACGAGUCCACCACCUACGAGGCCAAGAAGAUGCUUGAAGGGGUUCUUUACGAGAUGAGAGUGUUUGCGGUCAACAGCGUCGGCGUCUCUGAGCCCAGCGCCACCUCCCAGCCCUUCAUGCCCAUCGCCCCCACCAGCGAGCCGACUCGCCUCACUGUGGAGGAUCUGACCGACUCUAGCUGUUCACUCAAGUGGCGACCUCCAGAAAAGGUCGGAGCCGGCGGCCUCAACGGCUACAUCAUUGAGUACUGCACAGAAGGAAGUGACCAGUGGGUGCAGGCCAAUAAGGAACCAGUGGAAAUGAGCCAGUACACGGUGAAGGGCCUCCCCACCGGGGACAAGAUGCUGUUCAGAGUGUUUGCAGUGAACGUCGCUGGACGCAGCCCCCCCGCCACGCUGGCUCAGGCCGUCACCAUCAGGGAGGUCGUAGAAAAUCCAAAGAUUAGACUCCCUCGCAACCUGAGAUCCAAGAUCUUCAAAGCUGUGGGGGAGAAGGUGAACCUGGUCAUCCCUUUCCAGGGAAAACCUCGACCCGUCGUGACCUGGUUCAAAGACGGAGUCCUGAUGGAGGACAAAUCCGUGGGAACUCGCACCAGCGAGGUGGACACCAUCCUGUUCAUCCGCUCUGCAGAGCGGAGACAUUCAGGGACGUACACCCUGUCCGUCCAGGUCGAGGACAAGACGGACAGCGCAGACCUGGAAAUCCAGGUCGUAGAGAAGCCCGGCCCGCCCGUCAACGUUCACGUCACCGACGUCUGGGGCUUCAACGCCGCGCUGGAGUGGAAGCCACCCAAAGAUGACGGCAACUGCGAGAUUAUCGGCUACACCGUCCAGAAAUGUGACAAGAAGACGAAGGAGUGGUUCACGGUCCACGAACACAACCACAGGCUCAGCUGCACCGUGUCCGACCUGGUCAUGGGGAACGAGUUCUCCUUCCGAGUGUUCAGCGAAAACAUCUGCGGCCUCAGCGACGACGGCGGCAUCAGCAAGAACACCGCCGUCAUCGACAAAACAGGUUUGCUCUACCAGCCCAAAGCUUUCAGGGAGACGGACCAGAACCGAUCCCCCAAAUUCACGGCUCCUCUGGUGGACCGGAGCGUGAUCGCCGGCUACACCACCGCCAUCAGCUGCGCCGUGCGCGGCUACCCCAAGCCGAAGAUCAUCUGGAUGAAGAACAACAUGGCCAUCGAAGGCGACCCCAAGUUCCUGAUGCAGAACAACCAGGGUGUGUUGACCCUGAACAUCCGCAAGGCCAGUCUGUUCGACGGCGGCCGCUACUCCUGCAGGGCCGUCAACGACCUGGGGGCCGACGAGGUGGAGUGCAAGCUGGAGGUUCGAGUUCUGCAGGAGAAGGCGGAAGAGAAGUGAAGCGCCAGAGGACACAGUCCAACGGAAACAGUAAAUGGAUUAUGUAUAACAGGAUAGUCAUGAAUAAAUAUGAUCAGAGCAGAUCAUGCUUCACUUCUGCUGUGACCAAUCAGAAUCGAGCCGCAGAAAGCCGCCAUCUUCCCCCCGCCGUGAAGCGGACCUGUCGCUGAACCGUUAUAAAACAUCCAUUACCACUG